AUGGGAUUGCCUUUGGUAUUGGUGCGCUUGUCUUUGGGUUGUGAAGUAUUCACAGUUGAGGAUCUGGCCUGGGUCUUUGAAUCUACCAGGGAUGGGGGCCCGGGUGGGGGAAUGCGUAAUCCGGUAGCAGCUAUUGAAAAUAAUGUGAAAAUUGUACUUUUCCACGUUUUGUUGAUUUAUGCUUUAAACGAGGAUCUGUUUGUCCUAAACAUUGUGUACAGGAUGAAAAACAGUGGAGGAUCAAGUGAUGGAGGAUUGAACCAUGGAGGAGAACCACAAAUAGAAUCCUCAAAAACAAUGGAUGAUAUAAGAUCAGAAACAAAUUCUGAUGCCAUUGGACUGACUUCACCAGCCACUGGACAUUGUUUUGACUUUGCAGGUUUCGACAAUUCGUUAUUUGAGGAAACCGAAAAGACAAUUAAAGUAAUUCCCAAAUCGUAUAAUGCAAAAGUUUGUAGCUCUGAGUGGUUUAAUGAUAAUAUUGAAGAGAACUUAGAUGAUUUAGAGAAGAUGAAGAUUAUUAAAUAUAAAGCUGAUUUUGCAUAUAUGAAAAAGGACUUUUCUACUGCUGUUGAAGCAUAUGAAUCUUGUCUUGAAAUGAUAACUGAUGUGCUUUAUAACAGCUCUGGAAUGAAGAAGGAAAUUCUUGAUGCAAAAGCCAGGUGUUACAUCGCUCUUAAUGAGCAUGACAAAGCUUUGGAAAUAGCUACGAACUUGUAUGAAGAAUCGGGGGAUACCAUGGAACAGAAAACAGCAACUUUGACUCUCAUGUUCGAUAUAUUCCAGUCCUGUAAUGACACUAACAAGGAGUGUGUUACAAUACAGAGACUUUUAGUUUUGAACUCUUAUAAUCCAACCCUAUGGUACAAGCUGGCUGGGAUUUAUAAACAUAAACUUGACAAUGCUGGACUCAGCCAAAACCAAACCAAUAUGAGAAGUGCAUCAAACCACAUUAAAACUGAAAAUUUCAGCGCAACUGUCCAGGCAUAUGACAAACAACUACAAGGCGAUAUUGUACAUAGGAUAUCAUUGUGCCUCACAAGAGCUGAGAUAAUAUGCAACAUGUUAAACAGAACUGCCACUUCAUUUUUCAAAUCCAAGAUGGAGGAUUUACUAAAGAACAUCAAAGAGAUGAAGAUUGCGGUUAAAAUUGAUGAUUCAAUGCCGAUCAAUAUUCGUAAACUUGUUAAUGAACAUUUAACCACAGGUUCAGACUGUGAUUCUGUUGGUACUAAGGAAUUUGAGAUAAUUGCAUUAGAUGAUGCAUCCUUGCAAAAUUAUUUUGAUAGUCUGUGGUUUGAAGGGUUCAAAUAAGUCAAUCAUAUAUUGAAAAGGCAGCAUAUGGACCUCAAUAAAACAAACUAUUUUGAUAAGUAACUAAUACAAUUGCUAGACUUCGAUAUAAACAUUAUUUCUGAAAGUUUAAAGGCUAAAACUUAAAGCAUUUGACAAGUUUCAAAUUAACAAAAAUCAUAUAUAUACGAAAUUGUUCAUUGGUUAGGUGUAUGAUUAAAUAGAUUAAAAUUCCUCAAUUCACUAACCUUUUAUAGCAUUACUAUCUAGCUUUCGACAACUCCUGUUGCCUUUCUCAAGAUGUCUGAAUUUGGCGGGAAACUGGUAGAUUUGGCCUUGACUUGAUCUUUGACCUAGCAACCUCAAGUAGACUCGGGGAAACCUUAUAUCCUAAGUCUCUGUUAAGUUCAGGUUUAUAUUUAUGAAUAUGUAUCGCUUCCUUUAUCUUUCGAUCAAACAAUCUAUCUAUUUAACAAAAAUCAUGUUGCUAUUGCUAAUGGGUUAAAUAAGAUGAGAAUUACAGCCAUUAGCCCUUUUGUGUAGUCGAGAAACAUGUUGCUAAUGAAAAUAUAUUUCUUAAACAAACAAUAAUAACAUAUAAAAAAAUAUUUUAUUGAAUUCAGUGCCAAUGCCUGAAACAUAUCU